AAUAAUUUUGUCUUUAUACGUUUUAAAAGUACGUAGUGAUAAUAAGGACAUUUAAUUAUGUCUAUUCAUGUAGAAAAUAGUUUAAAAGACGCGGACAAGGAAAUAUUUCAACAAAGAACACAUUUUGUUCCUUGCAAAAUAGAUGAUGAUGGUUCUGCAAAUGUAAACAAUUUUUUUGAGCCGUAUGUAAUGGAUAAAGGCGAAGGCGACCUGACAGCCACUUUUCGUGGCCACCCUCUUGAUGGUAAGAAUAUGACAAUACCAGAAGGCUACACAGGAAUACUUGUGUCAGAAACUAAGAGGCCACUAGCGGAAGAUGCAGAUAGGAAAUUCCAGGUUAUGGGUGGAUUCAAAGAAUUUGUAUACUGGAAUUGGGAUAAAAAGCCAUCAAAGAAUGAUAACUUAGUGAAAGCUUUAGAUUGGAUUGAUAUAGCUGAGGCAAUUCAUGAGGAUUGACAACGAAACAACAAAGCUUGACCAAAAGAUGCCAAUGAAUGAUAAGUAAAGAAAGCCAGUCUUGGCGAAAAAAGCGAUAUGGACAGAAAAUAAGAGACCCAAAAUAAAACCAUGUCAGAAGC